CGUGAACUCAAAAAGCCUCAUUCUUUCUCUGUUUCUUCCUGUUUCGCAGCACUUUUAUGCGCCUCAUAGGAUGGAUUAUAUAGACAUGAAUAGCUCAAUGCUUCUGAGAAAGAAACUAUCGCUGGUUCUUCUUGUCGAUCCCUGCAGCAGCAGCAGAAGAGGCAAUAUCACAGUAAAAUGUAUGGACAUGGACAUGUGCAUGAUCAUAUCAUUGUAUGUUACCACAGCCCUAUUUCUGUGCAUAGGCGACAGAGUAAAAGACACGCCUCAUGCUUCUGCAAAGAUAAUUUAUUCGCAUCGUUGUGUUCCAGGGGUCUCGCAGCAUAUCAACACAUAUAUAGGCAGUAGUGCGAUAUUUCCUAGUAGAAUAAAAGCAAAAGAAGACUUCCUUUUUCAUACUCUUACUUGGACCAUGGAUGUCGUACAGGAACAACGUUGUUUUGUCUCAGCCUUCUACUCUAACGUCGCCGUGCGAUGCAAAACAUGCGAUGACAACGAUAGUAGUGAUGAUAGAAUAUUAAGACAACAACUCUGAAAAUGUCAUACGUAACAUGCGCCUUUGGCAUCUCAUGCAAAGGAUUA